AUGCCAGACACCCAUCCCAUCGACCCCAACGCACAACCAGCACCAAAGCUUGACGGGCCCGGUCUGUCUCCGUCCAGCACCUUGUCCUCCGAUACCUCGCUGUCCCCGCCAGCUCCCAAAUCGCAUCACAGACGAUUCCUGUCUCUCGACAACAUCGAAGAAACAUCCACUAGAAUCCUGACCAGUAUCCGCUCGCGCUCUCCUCUUCCUCGUUCGUCUUCUCCAUCAUCGGACAAAAAGCGCAGGCGCAGUCCACUACCUCUCCAACCAUCAACAUCUGCGGCGUCUCCCCCUACCUCGCCCGCACCACCGCUGUCUCCAUCAUCCAUUGAUAAAACGUACUCGCCAAGAGAAAUGUCGCCUACGUCAUCCCAUCACUCGCAGCGCCCUGGCAUGGGUCAUCGGGAUGUCUCCAGCGGCACAAUCGAUUCCUCACAGCGACCACGAAGCGACAGCUAUAAAAGAUAUAGCGGAACGAUCAACCACUACGGAAGACAUUCCAAUGAUUGGCUGUUUGGUGGCUUCAGCGUUCGCGAUACGCUGAGGGACGGAAUUGAGAAAUUAAAAGGACACAACGAGAGGGAUAGCUAG